GCGAUGGUUUCUGUUGGAAGUUUAAAUGUAUGUUAUUAAAUUUAAGUUAAUAAUUUUAAUUAUUUGAAAUACAGAUGAGAGAAAUAAAUUCCAUUGCAUCAGCUCAGCGUGUAAAGCAUAGCAAAAUGAAGUCAACAGUUUCAAUAGAAGAUCUUCCAGACCCAAUAAUUGAAUAUAUUUUGAGUUACUUGUCACCCUAUAGAGAUUUAAAACAGUGUAUGCAAGUCAAUAAGUCUUGGUAUAGAUUUGUUUAUGAUGUGAUUAGAAAAACACAAAGAGAUUUUUAUAAUGCUAUUUAUCAUAUGUCUGUCCAGUGGUGUCAUUUGGAAGCUGAACCUGGUCCAACAAUAACAAAAAGAUACUCACACAGUGCAUGUUGCAAUGGCAAUUCAAUGUACAUUUUUGGUGGAUGUACCACGGCUAAUACAACAUUUAAUGAUUUGUGGCGAUUUGAUCUUGGGAGUAGAUGUUGGAUUAGACCACUUGCAACUGGGACUUAUCCUCCCCCAAAAGCAUGUGCAACACUCGUAAGCCAUAGUGACAAUCUAGUCUUAUUCGGUGGCUGGACACAUACUGCUCCUUAUCCUCUUCAUCAGGUAUGGAGAGUUUUCAAUCAGAUUCAUAUUUAUAACACAACAACUAACAGAUGGACACAAGUAACAACUGCAAGCAGUUGUCCUCCCAUGGCUGGACAUUCAGCAACUGUUCAUGGGGAUGUAAUGGUGGUUUUUGGUGGUGUUCAAAAGCAAAUUUGUGAUGGCCCAUUUGUUAGGUGUGUAAGCACCAAUGAUGUGUGGACUUUGGACUUGAAAUCGUAUAAAUGGCAAAAACAAGUGACUAGUAAUGAUCCACCUCCUGCUCGAUAUGGUCACUCACAGAUACCUAUCGAUAAGGAUCAUCUAUUAAUUGUGGGAGGAUGUGGUGGUCCAAAUAUGUUGUAUAGUGACAUAUGGCUUUUAAAAAUGGUGAAUGGUGCUGGUGGAUUAUGGGAAUGGCAGAAAAUGGUUAUCCACGGUAAAGAAUAUGCUGCUCCUCAAAUUGCAUUUCAUCCUGCUUGUAAGGUUGGUAGUCAAGUUGUUGUGAUGAGCAAAAGUCACAAAUCUAGAUCUUCUCCUGCAUCUCUUCCGAAUCUCUUGCGAGCACCUUCACGUACUUGGGUGCCCCCACGUAUGGAUGAUGAAGACAGCAUUAACUUGCGGAAUGCUAAACGAUCUGCAUCUGAAAUUGAUCCCUGUGUUAAUGGAAAAAGGGGUGUUCUAAAACGGCCUUCUGAUCGUCCAAAUACUGCAAAACCUAGUCAAGUAUCCAGCAGUGAUGAAGAUGAAACUCUUGAUUCUACCAAAAAAGUUGCUCUAAAUACUGCUCUCAAUUCUUUCCCACUUCCACCGCAAGCUAGUAACAAGAAUUCCGACUCAGCUAAUGACUCGCCUUCAACUUCAGGUUAUGCCCAUAAUGAUGUGACUAAUGACUCUAUUCCUUCAUCGGCAUCACCAUCUCUCGUCUCUUCUGAGAAAUCACAGUUGAAUAAUGGUAAUUCAGAAGCACGCAGAAGCUCUGUGUCCACACAAUAUUCUUCAAGAGAGGAUAUGAGACAGAACCCUGGUCAGGCCAAUUCUGGUACCUGUGCGCACACACGGCGAAACAGACAACGGCAGCUGGAGGGCCUGGAUCGAAUGGAACAGAGGUUGAGGGAUUUAAGAGCAGGGAAUGUAAGCUAUCCCACUCUCCAUAAAUUUUCUCGAACUAUGAAGCGCCCAAUGUGUUUAUAUGUUUUGGACAUCAGUACUGCUUUUGACGGUUUUGUGACUUGGAGAGCUGUGAAAAAUCAGUCUCCUUCAGCACCUGAAGAAAUAAUUCUCUAUUCUCUUGUCCUUGGAAAAGGUGAAGUGAUCAUGUUUGGGGGAAUACAGAAGGAUUUGAAUUCGAGUGGUCAGGAAGGGGAAACUGUGCCAGAAGUAGUGUCAAAUUCUUUGCAUUUCAUGACUGCAGAGCGUUUUGUGAUUUGAUAAAGCCGGAAAUUGAUGGAGAACUUUUAUAUCUUUGUUAUGUACAUCUGGAACUGGGAAAAUUUUUCAUGGAAAAUGUUUUGUGAGAACAAAAAAAUGAUUAAAGCGCUAUUUAAAGAUGAAAAAAAUUCUAAUUUUAAUCAGGUUUUUCAUUGAAUAUUCUUUGUUUCAUUUUAGAACUAAGAAAUAAUUCUUUGCUAAUAUUAAUCUGCAUAUUUGGAAACAUUUUUUAAUUUAAGUGUAAAUACAUUUUGCAUUUGGUGUGUAGUAUAAUUGUUGAAUAAGAGAAAAAAAUAUAUCCUUAUGUAUUGAUGUGUAUACAAUUUAUUUACUGUUAGGGGAGAAAAGACAGCUUUUAAAAAUAAAGUAAUGUAAAUACAUCUUUUUUUUUUUCGUGCAUUAGUUAUAUUUUAAUGUCAUGGUUAUUUUUUAGUAUGCUAAUAUAUCUCCUUUGUUAUUAAUAAAGGUUUGUUUAUGAUAUUUUCAACUCCAAUUAUUCUUUAUUUUAAUUCAUGUUACUUUUUUUAACCUUCAAUUAUAAUAACUAUUGAAUUUUAAAUGUUUUUCAUUUUCUUAAAUAAUGCUUAAUAACUUUUGUAGAGACCUAGUAAUUUCAUAUAAAAUGGAAUUUUUAAUGUUGAAAAGUUAAAGAUGUGAUACUUUUUAUGUAAAAUAUCCUGUAAUAUUUUUCAUAAAUGUGGAGAAAUAACUAUUUGGGCCCAUCUUAAUAGAUAUAUAAAACAGUAUUAAGAUUAUUUCAUUUAGACAAAUCAUUUACGCUUUUUCUAAUUUUUUUUAUGGAAAUAAAAAGUUAUUGUAGUAAAAUAUUUCCCUGCAGCUUAAUAUAUAUUUGUUGCUUUAUCACUCUGUUUCAUAAAAAAACAGUCUUAUUUUUAUUUCAAAGCUACCAUUUGUUGUUUAAAUAUAUUUCUAGCUGCUCUAAUAGCACUCAAUCCAUCUCCUGAAUUAAUUUUAAUAUUGAAUUGGUUAUUUCUCUAGUUUGUUCAAUGAAAUGGCUUUUAUUUUCUUUUUAGUAGGAAAAUGUAUUUGAAAUUCUUAAGUGCUUAAAAAUAAAAGGCAUGCAAAAGAAAGAAAACCUAGUUGUAAUAUACACUACAACAAUAAUCUAAGUGGAAUUUCCAGCUGUACUCAACUGUGUAGUGACUUGUCUGUUUGACUUUGAUGCUAUACAAAUAAAGAAACCAACUCCUAUUUAAUAAUCAAUCUGUUUCAUGAUACGGAAAAUUUUCAAUUUGUUCAAAAACAGUGUCUUGAAAAAGGAAUAUCAAAUAAUGAGUCUCUACUAUACAUACAAUUUUUAAAAAUUAUAUUUCUUAUAUUAUGCAAUUUUAAAAAUUAUUAAUCUUUGUGAGUGUAAAUUGAUAUAUCUGUAAAGAAAAAAUAUAGCAGAUUUCUAGUUUUUAAAAUAGUUGUAAAUAUUCGGAAAUAUUGUUCAUUUGUAUUUUAUUGCAAAAAAAUACUUGAUGUACAUAUUAUCUAGUAUCAAGUGAUUUUUUUUU